AUGGCGGGCGUGAACGCUUCGGGUGCCGGCUCCGCUGCGGCGGCGGCUGGCCCGGUCCAGCAGGGCCUGAAGGAGGCUCUGAUAGAGACGCUGACCGCGAUAUUGUCCCCGGUGCAAGAGGUGCGGGCAGCCGCCGAGGAGCAGAUCAAAGUGUUGGAAGUCACGGAAGAGUUCGGAGUUCACCUAGCAGAGCUGACUGUGGACACCCAGGGGGCCCUCGCUAUUCGGCAGCUGGCCUCCGUCAUCCUGAAGCAGUAUGUGGAGACCCACUGGUGUGCCCAGUCGGAGAAGUUCCGGCCCCCUGAAACGACGGACAGGGCCAAAGCGGCGAUCCGCCAGCUGCUGCCCGGCGGCCUGCGGGAGUCCAUCAGCAAGGUGCGCUCCAGCGUGGCCUACGCGGUGUCGGCCAUCGCGCACUGGGACUGGCCGGAGGCCUGGCCCGAGCUCUUCAACCUGCUGAUGGAGAUGCUGGUCAGCGGGGACGUGUUCGCCGUGCACGGAGCCAUGAGGGUGCUCACAGAGUUCACCCGGGAGGUGACGGACACUCAGAUGCCCUUGGUGGCCCCAGUGAUCCUCCCGGAGAUGUACAAGAUCUUCACCAUGGCUGAGGUCUACAGCAUUCGAACCCGCUCCCGAGCCGUGGAGAUCUUCACCACGUGUGCCAACCUGAUCUGUGCCAUCGAGGAGCUGGAGAAGGGGGCUGCCAAAGCCCUGAUCUUCCCCGUGGUCCAGCAGUUCACAGAGGCGUUCAUCCAGGCGCUGCAGAUGCCCGACGGGCCGUCCUCCGACAGUGGGCUCAAGAUGGAGGUGCUGAAGGCAGUGACUGCGCUGGUGAAGAACUUCCCCAAACACAUGGUGUCCUCCAUGCAGCAGAUCCUGCCCAUUGUGUGGAACACUCUGACUGAGAGUGCUGCCUUUUAUGUCAGGACGGAGGUCAAUGACACGGAAGAAGUGGACGACCCUGUGGACUCGGAUGGAGAGGUGCUGGGCUUUGAGAACCUGGUGUUCAGUAUCUUUGAGUUCGUCCACACCCUCCUGGAGAACAGCAGGUUCAAGAGCACAGUGAAUAAAGCUCUGCCCGAGCUCAUCUACUACAUCAUCCUCUACAUGCAGAUCACGGAAGAUCAGAUCACGGUUUGGACUGCCAACCCGCAGCAGUUUGUUGAAGACGAGGAUGACGAAACCUUUUCCUACUCUGUGCGAAUCUCUGCCCAGGACCUGCUGUUGGCUGUGGCCACCGAGUUCCAGAAUGAGAGCGCGGCGGCCCUGGCGGCCGCUGCCACACGGCACCUGCAGGAGGCAGAGCAAGCCAAGAACAGCGGCAACCAGCACUGGUGGAAGAUCCACGAGGCCUGCAUGCUGGCCCUGGGCUCUGUGAAGAGCAUCAUCACUGAGAACGUCAAGAAUGGGAGAGUCCAGUUCGACAUGCACGGCUUCCUCACCAAUGUCAUCCUCUCCGACCUCAACCUCUCGGCUGCCUCUCCGUUCCUCCUGGGCCGGGCUCUUUGGGCGGCCAGUCGCUUCACAGCAGCCAUGUCCCCUGAGCUGAUCCAGCAGUUCCUACAGGCCACUGUGAGUGGUCUGCAUGACAGCCAGCCCCCCUCCGUAAGGAUCUCAGCUGUCCGGGCCAUCUGGGGGUACUGUGACCAGCUGAAGAUGUCCGACAGCACCCACAUCAUGCAGCCCUUCCUGCCCAGCGUGCUGGACGGCCUGGUGCAACUGGCGGCCCAGUUCAGCUCGGAGGUGCUAACGCUGGUGAUGGAGACGCUGUGCAUCGUGUGCACUGUGGACCCAGCCUUCACCACCAGUGUGGAGAACAAGAUAUGCCCCCUCACCAUCGCCAUCUUCCUCAAAUACAGCAACGACCCUGUGGUGGCUGCCCUGGCACAGGACAUCUUUAAGGAGCUCGCCCAGAUUGAGGCCUGCCAGGGGCCCAUGCAAAUGAGGCUCAUUCCGACACUCAUCAGCAUCAUGCAGGCCCCAGCUGACAAGAUUCCCUCAGGGCUGUGUGCUACGGCCAUCGACAUCCUGACCACAGUGGUGCGGCACACGAAGCCGCCCCUCUCCGAGCUGCUCAUCUCGCAGGCCUUCCCCGUCGUGGCGCAGUGCACCCUGCGAACGGAUGACAACGCCACCAUGCAGAACGGCGGCGAGUGUCUGCGCGCCUACGUCUCGGUGGCCCUGGAGCAGGUGGGGCAGUGGAGGGACGAGCAGGGCCACAGCGGCCUGUGGUACGUCAUGCAGGUGGUCAGCCAGCUCCUGGACCCCCGCACCUCUGAGUUCACCGCGGCCUUCGUGGGCCGCCUGGUCUCCACGCUGAUUGCGCGGGCCGGCACGCAGCUGGGCGACAACCUGGACCAGAUCCUGCGCGCCAUCCUCAGCAAGAUGCAGCAGGCCGAGACCCUGAGCGUCAUGCAGUCCCUCAUCAUGGUGUUCGCACACCUGGUGCACUCCCAGCUGGAGCCACUGCUGGAGUUCCUGUGCAGCCUGCCCGGCCCCACGGGGAAGCCCGCCCUGGAGUUCGUCAUGUCCGAGUGGAUGAGCCGGCAGCACCUCUUCUACGGCCAGUACGAGGGCAAAGUCAGCACGGUGGCGCUGUGCAAGCUGCUGCAGCACGGCGUGAACACCAACGACAAGCGCCUGCAGGACAUCAUGGUGAAGGGCGAGGAGAUCUUCAACCCCGACGAGGGCAUCCGCACGCGCUCCAAGAGUGCCAAAAAUCCUGAGCGGUGGACCAAUAUCCCCCUGCUGGUGAAGAUCUUCAAGCUGAUCAUCAAUGAGCUCUCCUCCGUGAUGGAGACCAACGCGUCACGAGCCGCUGCCGCAGACUGGAGCCAAGAUUCAGGAGACAUGUGGGAGGAACAAGAGGAUGAGGAGGCCGAGGAAGAUGAAGGAUUGGCUGGACAGCUGCUGUCUGACCUGAUUGCGUCCAACAAAUAUGACGAUGAUUACUAUGAAGAUGAGGAUGAAGAAGACCCAGACGCCUUGAAGGACCCGAUUUAUCAAAUAGACAUUCAGGCCUACCUGACAGACUUCCUGCGCCAGUUCGCGCAGCAGCCCUACUACUCCAUGUUCUCUGGCCACCUGAACGAAGCGGAACGGAGGGUCCUGCACUCCAUCGGCAUCUAGCCUCCCCUCCUCCUCCUCCUCCCCCCUGCCUAACCACCACAUCUCGCACACACGCCACACCCACGCCACAUCCCUCCCAGGAGCCGCCCACGUGCCCAGCUCCAACCCAUCCAUCUUGCGGAGCGCCAAGGGAGGGGAGAGGGUGAGAGCCGGCUGUGACCUCCUCUCCGCCCCGCGGCUCAGUGCGGAAAAGGGACAAUUCUGCACGUGAGAGGGAGACGGGCUGCACUGGAGGUGGACUGUCAGUAGGGGGCACCAGGAAUGCGUGGGGGCUUAAAAACACAAGGAGGGGAGGGGAAAAGUUUUACCUUGGAAGGGACGCGUUCCUUGCGUUUCCAGGACUUGGGGAGGAUGUUUUUUCCGAAGGACUGCUGUGGGACGCAUCCCAGCUCCUCUCCAGGGCAGGCGGGGGGGCAGGCAAACUGGGACUGUUACAUUGCAAACUGGGAUCUGGACAGCCUUCUGCGGACGGAUAUUGUUUUUGUAGAUGCAGUUGAUGUGUUUUGCUGGAGAGAAAAAGGAACAAGGCCGUAAAGCAGGUGAGGAGGGCGCAAGGGAAUAGUUGGUUCUGGGAUAGAGAGUGGGCAUGCAGCCUGCAGCUGUUUGCUUCCCAGUUCUGCGGAUUUUCCAAGGACUUUGGCAGAACCCUGGGACUUUCUCCUUGAGGAACAGUUGGUCACCACUCUACCCUCCACCCUGGACUGCCUUUAAUCGGAGAUGGGGGUAGCACUUCAAGGACUGACCAGCAGGGGGAUCUUGUAAUCAGUUUUCACUGUGCUGUCAGUCCUGGCAUGUUUUACACAGACGCACUUGUUAAAAGCAGCGGUUCUGAGGAGUGGGUUCAGGGUAACGUGCUUUACUGGUUUUUUUUUUGCAAGAUCGAAGUCCAUCCCAGAAGUUCAGUUGUCACAGCUUUGUUUAUGAAGGCCACAAGGCCGUUUGGCUCAAGUGCUUCUGUCGUCUUGCGGACACAUGGUAAUGUACCAGCAAGGACAACACAGCUAUGCAAAAGGUUGUGGAGUGGGUCUUCAGGGGGAGCAAGAUAACUUUUCCAUGUCUGUUCUGAAGUGGUACAAACCCAGGAUGGGCAGCUCCAGUUUCUGAGGGUCUAGAUUCCCGCAGGUUUUAGAGGUGCUUUUCAUUUAGCAGCUUUUAAACCUUUAAACACUGAGGACUGGCAUGCACAUCCAAACACAUGGUUCAAAUCAGAUAAAAUCCAAUCAGUUCUCCCUGGAUCCCAGGAUCUAGACUUGCCCAUUCUUGGCAGGGAGGAAGUGAAGCCAGGCGAGAUGCAAGUCUUACCUCCCGGGCUUGCUGGGCUCGACGGUCUGCACUUGCAAGGGAGAGUGGUGAAGGCUACUCCCGCAAAGCUGUCGUCAUCCGCAGUCAAUUCACUUACUAAGAGGUGUGGCCGCCGACAUCCAGGUCAGCUCAGCGUGAGAGUCUAGACAGUCAGUGAAGGACACCUUGGCACUUUCUCCUCGAGUUGCAGUGGCAUGGCGGUAUUUCUGGACAGCGCCGUCUGAAAGCGGGGGAGCCCUGUUUUUCUCGAAUGGGCGGCGAGUGGCUCCCAGCUGUCUCUGCCCAGCGCAGCGGGAUGGGCCUCCGGUGACGUGCUCCCCCCUCCCUUCAGCUCUGCCACAUCUGCUUCAGUUCAGGGCCGGCUGCGAGCACGGCCCUGUUUCUAACGUUUGUAAGGUUUGGAAAAAGAAAACAAAGACAAUAAAAAAAGCACAUUUAAAAAGGUAUCUUAAUUAAAAGGGAA